CGUUUGCGCUAAGGCUUUUUCAUCUUUGUCACCAUCAUUCAAAAGCACACAUCAUGCCGGCUUGGAGAAGUAAUGGAGGAUCCUCGGGUUUUCGUCGUAAAGGCGGACCUGCAGAAGACGCAGAUGAAGAUGAGGAUGAAUUGUUGGAGUGGGAUUUACCAAAUACACGAGACACAGUCUUGUGGUUAAUCGAUGCAGGAACAAAGAUGCAUGAGACAAUGAUACCACUGAAUUCUGAAGAAAAGAAUAGCAAGCAAGUCAGCUUACUUCACAAAGCACUGCAGGCUGCUUACUCUUUCCAAAGAAGCAAGCUCGUCAAUAGUCCAGCAGAUCACUGUGGAAUCUUAUUGUUCAAUACGAAAGAGACAAAGGUACAAAAUGCAGGCAAGAACGUUGCUUAUCCAAAUAGUAUCACAGUACAGAAUAUCUCCCAAGUAUCUGUUCCGCCGAUCUCUGAUCUAAAGGACGAUCUUCAGGAUUCUUUGGACAAUGGACCGUCCUACUUCCAGACAAAGUAUGCGCCAAACGAUAAACAAUCGCGCAUUCAUCAUGCUUUAGGCAAUGCAGAAGCUAUGCUAUUCAAUACCGGCAAAGCAGGUGCAAAGAGAAUCUUUUUUGUCACUUGCGAAGAUGAUCCGAUGGGCGAUAAAAAGGGUAAGACGGAACAACAUCGAUUGGCACUGGAAAAGGUCAAAAGUAUGACAAGAAAAGGAAUCGAAUUUGAACCUUUUUUGAUCAGUACAGACGAGAAAGAAUUCGAUACAGCGCAUUUUUACGGAGACCUUUUUUGCGCCUAUGCGGACGACGAUGAGAAUUUUGGAAGUGGAAGCCUGACAAAUGAGGAUGGAGAUAGUGCUGGAAGCUAUCUUCGCAGACCUUGGAAUGCGACCACGAAAUUUGACCAUUUGGAAGGUGAUGUAGGUGCUCGAGAGACACCCAAGCGAGUCAUCUUCUCUAUUCCUCUUUUCAUAGGCUCACAAUUGACAAUGGGCAUCAAAGGAUAUUGCACAGUGAUCAAGGCAACCAAAGGUCUUCCUGUCCGAGUCAAAGCUAUGGAUCGCGAGGAUGAAGAUGAUCCAAUCGUAUACAAGGAAGUUGUGACAGAAACGGCUCUUACAUGCGUAGACACAGGCAAAGAGCUUGACAAGGAUAGAGAUGUGGACAUUGCCUUCAACUUUGGCAGUGAGAAUAACAUGCGUUCCAAGGUACGUUUCUCGCCAGGGGAGAUGCGUAAGUUACGUUCAUUCGGACAAUUGCCAUCUAUUCGCAUUAUUGGAUUCAAACCUCGAUCGGAGUUGCAUUUCUACGAGAACGUGAAGCAUGCCUACUUUAUCUAUCCAUCGGAUGCCCAAUGGCAAAACAGUCAAAGAGCUUUCGGUGCUUUGCUAGAGAGUAUGGCCAGCAAAGAUAAGAUCGCAAUUGCGAUUUUCGCACCACGUACUUUUGUCAUUCCUUGCUUUGCCGCCCUGAUUCCUCAACGUGAAGAAAGAGGAUCGGAAGGACAGACUGAACCGCCUGGGAUGUACGUUGUACCCUUACCGUAUGCAGAUGAUAUUCGAGAAGCACCAGCGAAACAUCGGGACAAUCAAAUGCAAGCGAAUGAUGAACAGAUUGAGUCAGCAGGUGCAAUCGUGAAAGCAUUCACUCGCAAUGCUGCAUUCAAUCCAGACUUUUUCCCUAACCCUAGUCUCAAUCAUCAUUACAAAGUUUUGCUAGCUGUAGCUUUCAAUGAUGAAACACCGGAUCAUGUGGAAGACAAGACGAUUCCGAACUACAAUUUGAUCAAAAAGAGGGCAGGCCAUUUGAUCGAAUCAUGGAAUGACUUGGUGGAUCAUGAUAAACGGGUAAUUCACGCUCCCAAACCUGCAAGUUCAACGGCUGGAACGAAAAGAAGUGCGCCAGAAUUCUCUCACGAAGAUGAGCCAGAGUUGAAGAAAUUUCAUCAAGACGGAAAUGUAAGCAAAUACACCGUUGCAAAGCUUAAAUCGAUUUGCGAAUAUUAUCGAUUACCAAAAGAUGGUGUAAAAGCUGAUUUAACAAAGAGGGUGGAAGAAUACAUGGCUAAAGCUGAUGUCAAAAAAGAAGAAUGAAGGGUAAAGUUGAUAAUGUAUCAUAUUCAAUUGUAUAGUAUAAUGUAUUACGUAAAUGUGACAUUGUAUAAAUGAUGACGAGC